AUGGUAAUGUUGCGCGUGCCACUCGUAUUCUUCUUCCUGGCUACGGCGUGGGCGCAAGAAUUGUCGCAGCAGGAGCUUGACCCGGUGCUUGCGGCGGACGACGAGUGCGCUUCCGACGGCGGCGAGUCUUGCGGCGUGGAGUUGCUCCAGGCUCGUGCUUCGAAGGACGUCAAGGCGGAACUGGCGAGUUCCACCGUGGAGGCGAAUGAGGACGGCGGCGGGCAGCUUCUGCAGUACAACGCCACAGCCAACGCCACAGCCAAUGCAUCGCAGCCGCCGUGCCGCGGCACCAGCGCGCCUUGCUGGAUCGACAACGACUGCUGCUCCUCCCGCUGCUCACGAACCCGCCGCUGCGCGGCAGUGCGCUAG